AUGUGGCCCUCACUGGAAAAAGUUUGGGGACCCCUGCUCUACACCCUAGCCAUAGAACUGUUUUUGAACAGGCUAAGAAGUGAACUGAAAGGUUUCUCAUUUCCUGGUUAUGGGACCACUCUCCGUUUGUCAGCAUAUGCUGACGACAUAGUAGUAGUUAUUGACCAACAGACCUACAUCGACACACUGAAUAGACUCUACAGGGACUAUGGCAUAAUUUCCUCGGCCAAGAUUAACUGGGAUAAAAGCGUGGCCCUUCUGGUCGGGCGUUGGUCGUCUAGCAUGCCCGAACUGCCGGGUUUUAAAUAUCUGGGAGUUUACCUGGGGGAAGAGACCUUCAUGCACAAAAACUGGGAAGAGACAGUCUCGAAAAUAAAAGGUCGCUUAGAUAAAUGGAAAUGGCUGUUACCUAAGAUGUCCUACAGAGGACGCAUGCUGAUUAUAAACAACCUGGCAGCAUCCUCCCUUUGGCACAAAGUGUUGGCGUAUUGUGGAGUAUCAGAUGAAGGCUGUUCUGCUCUCGCUUCAGCUCUGAGAUCAAACCCCUCACACCUGCGAGAACUGUAUCUGUCUGGGAAUAAAGUAGGAGACUUAGGAGUGAAGUUUCUCUCUGCUGUACUGGAGAAUCCUCACUGUAAACUGGAGAUACUGCGGUUGGAUGAUUGUGGAGUAUCAGAUGAAGGCUGUGCUGCUCUCGCUUCAGCUCUGAGAUCAAACCCCUCACACCUGAGAGAACUGAAUCUGACUGUGAAUAAAGUAGGAGACUCAGGAGUGAAGUGUCUCUCUGCUGUACUGGAGAAUCCUCACUGUAAACUGGAGAUACUGAGAUUAAAUAAAUGUGGAGUAUCAGAUGAAGGCUGUGCUGCUCUCACUUCAGCUCUGAGAUCAAACCCCUCACACAUGAGAGAACUGAAUCUGACUGGGAAUAAAGUAGGAGACUCAGGAGUGAAGUUUCUCUCUCAUCUGAAGGAUGAUAAAUGUUACAAACUUCAGACACUGAAGUUGGGUGGUUGUGGAGUGUCAGAUGAAGGCUGUGCUGCUCUCGCUUCAGCUCUGAGAUCAAACCCCUCACACCUGAGAGAUCUGGAUCUGUCUUGGAAUAAAGUAGGAGACUCAGGAGUGAAGUGUCUCUCUGCUGUACUGGAGAAUCCUUACUGUAAACUGGAGACACUGAGGUGAAGGGUGAGCGUGGUGUUUAGAGAACGAGAGCAGUAGGCGUGUUGCCAGUUUUUCUGCUUUUUUUUUCCGCAGAUUUCUUGCAAAUUCUUCCUUUAUACAUCUAGGAACAAUCUCGUGUGUGUGUUUGUGGACCAGCAUGCCUGUGCGCGCGUGUGUGUCUGUGUGAGUGUAGAGGAGUGUUAGUGGAAUUUGAUUCAGCUAAACAGCGCUUGCAGGAGAUUGGAGCUCGCCAUGCAAUGUUCUACCCAGCUAAGUUGCGAGUAACCAUUGGGAACACCACCAAGGUUCUGUGCACACCUGCAGCAGUCUUAGAGUUCAUUACUCAGAAGGAGCAGCAUGUACGACGUGCUGCAAAUGACAGUUCUCCUCCACUCAACUCUGUGUCUGAUUCUUAACUGGGGGUGUUGUUUAAACUACACCUUGUGGUGCCCAGAUUAGCGCUGAAUAAGAGACUGUAAGUAAUAAGUGAAGAACACUAAACAGACUGAAAAAUUAUAGUUGUGGCUGAGCGGUGUGGACGAUGUUGGGAUGCUUGUUUUCUUCUGUGUUUGAAAGUAUUCUGUUCGGGAUUUUCUGAACAGAAAGGAUGGUUCUUCGGGACUUGAGUUCCCUUCAUGAGAAGGGAAUAUGCUCCCUUUUCCAUUUUUGCAGAAGAUUGUAUGAAUGGAAGGCUUCAGUUUAUUUUCAGUCGCUUCUUUGUGCCCUCAUUGCAUCAGAAUAUACCGUGUAUAGAGGGUUAAUAGAAAUGUAAGAGUUUCUAAAUUGGAAUGUAAGGGGUUUGCAUGGUAAAGUAAAAAUCCAGAAGGUCUUCGAUUGAAUAAGUAAAAAGCUUGUUGAUUUGGCCCUGUUGCAAGAGACCCAUCUGAAUAACAGGGGGCGCUCUAAUCUUG